GAGCCGAAACAACUUGACAUUCCUCGACGCGGCCGCUUUCGCCGACUUCCCGGGACUGAAAGAACUACACCUCGAGCACAAUGGCUUGGAGUGGCUCCCAGACGACACAUUCAAGGGCGCCGGUGGAAUCACGUUCUUGUCACUGGAGGGCAACGAUUUCACCAAGAUUCCAUGGGACGCCCUCAGAGCAUUGCCUGCGCUGGAAACACUGCACCUCAACAGGAAUCACCUGACGGAGGUGGUCCCGGCGGUAGAGCCGUCUUUCCACAGAAAGCUGCGCAAGGUGUGGCUAGACAGCAACCAGCUGUCUCGAGUGCCCGUCCAAUGCAUCCACUCCCUCCCUGGACUGGAAGCCUUAGGUUUGGGAGAGAAUCUCAUCGGGGAGCUGAAGGCGCACGCAUUCGGAAAUGCAUCGCGCCUAGAAGUGCUAAUCCUCCGAAAGAAUCAUAUCAGCGACAUUGAUCCCCGCGCAUUUCACGGCUUGCGGUCUUUGCAGGCGAUAGAUCUUAGCCACAACAAGCUGACUCAUCUGCCCAUCGCGCUGUCUUCAUUAACCAUGCUCAAGGAACUCAUUAUAUCGGACAACCAGAUCCGCUUCCUCAACGAGGACUCCUUCCGAAGCAAUGGCGGCCUGACGCUGCUCGAGCUGGCCAACAAUCCGCUGGAGUCUUUUGACAAAAAGACCUUCUCGCGGCUACCUUAUCUCAAAAGGCUAAUGGUGAAAGAGGCUCGGGCGCUGGAGCACUUCCCGGACCAACGGACCCACUCGUUGGAGCAGAUUCGCCUGAGCAGAGCGCGCUUGAGCUCGGUUCCAAACGACCUCUGCCGCGCUGUCCCGAAGCUCAAGAUACUCUACCUCAUGUCCAAUCAUCUCACGCAGGUUCCUAAUUUGACUGGCUGCUCAGAGCUCCUCAUCUUGGACCUGACGUACAAUCGCAUCAAAUCGCUCGACGAGUCACCAUUCCUGUCACUCAAGAAGCUUCGUGAUCUGAACCUUGGCAACAACCUCAUUCGCCGCAUAGGGGACGCUGCCUUCCACGGGCUCACAUCUCUGCAAGUGCUGGCGCUGCAGAAAAAUGGCAUCAGGGAAAUUCAUCCGGACUCGUUUGUUCCCACCGUGAAACUUCAAGAUCUGAACUUGGCGGACAACGCCUUCCCGGCGAUGCCGUACCGCGGUCUGCGCGGCCUGCAUCGCCUCGUGACGUCGGGCAACCGCCACUUGCGCAGCUUCCCUCCGCCAGAGGCGUUUCCCCGCAUCCAGAAGCUGUACCUGUCCUACUCCUACCACUGCUGCGCUUACCUGCAGUCGGUGGGCAGCGGCACGCCCGAGGCACCGGUCGCCAAGGACGCCGUGCUGUGGCUCAAGAAGGAAGACAUCGACUAUGGACAAGUAUUCGCUACAACAAUGCGUCAUUUGUAUAUGCUGUCCGCAGAUAACAUCACGUCGAAGUUCCAAGAGUUCACUCACCAACUCAUCAAGGUGUUCGGCCAGGACUACAUCAUUCCUGACAACCUGGCCCAGUAUUACGGCGAAUACCUGGAGGACUACAAGGCUCUCUAUACAAGCGACGAGGAAUUCCAGUACCCAGUGCAGUGCAUUCCGCUACCAACCCCCUUCAUGCCAUGCGAGGACCUGUUCGGCUGGUGGACUCUGCGCUGCGGCGUCUGGGUCGUCUUCCUACUUGCCAUGCUCGGCAACGGCCUAGUCGUGAUCGUGCUCUCGCUAGGUCGAUCCAAGAUGGACGUGCCGAGGUUCCUCGUGUGCAACCUGGCGCUCGCUGACUUUUUCAUGGGCGUCUACCUUGGUUUUCUCGCAGUCGUGGAUGCCUCUACGCUUGGCGAGUUUCGAGUGUACGGCAUCGGUUGGCAGAUGUCACCUGGCUGCCAAACGGCCGGAUUCCUCGGUGUGCUCAGCUCCGAGCUCUCAGUGUACACAUUGUCGGUGAUCACUAUGGAACGGAACUACGCAAUCACGCAUGCCAUGCACCUCAACAAGCGCCUUUCACUCAAGCAUGCUGGUUACAUCAUGGGCUGCGGCUGGGCUUUCGCGCUCGUCAUGGCGUUACUCCCAUUGCUGGGCGUCAGCGACUACCGGAAGUUCGCAGUGUGCUUACCGUUCGAAACAGAGGAUUCACCCACGUCACUGGCCUACGUUGUCUUCCUCAUUCUAAUCAACGGCGUCGCCUUCCUCAUCCUCAUGGGCUGCUACUUGAAGAUGUACUGCGCGAUCAGAGGCUCACAGGCGUGGAACUCCAACGACUCUCGAAUCGCAAAGCGCAUGGCGCUGCUCGUCUUCACCGACUUCCUUUGCUGGGCGCCCAUAGCAUUCUUCUCUCUCACUGCGGUGGCCGGGCUCCAACUCGUGUCGCUCGAGGAGGCCAAGGUGUUCACUAUCUUUGUACUUCCUCUCAACAGCUGCGCUAACCCGUUCCUCUACGCCAUAUUCACGAAGCAGUUCAAACGUGACUGCGUCCUCAUCUGCAAGCGGAUCGAGGAGUCCCGCGUGACGCGGGGCAUCGGUCGCUGCCGCCACAGCUCGAACUUCUCCAACCGGCACACACUCCUGGGUACCAACUCGGCGGGUGAGCGGCUCACGGACCAGCAGGCGCCCGGACCGCCCUGCCAGUGUGGUCUGGGCAAGGGAACGACUCGGGAGGCGCCCAGUGGCUGGAAGGCGUUCGCGCUUCGCUACCUUCUCUGCCGAGACCCCGACGCCCUCCAGACAGACGUCGACGGCUACAACUACGCGCUGGCACGCAUACAGCGCACGAUGGAACGCGGCGGACAGCGGGCGUCCAGCAUCUCUAGUGAGAACUUCUCGUCGCGUUCGGACAGCUGGCGCCAGGGCAGCAUACCACUACGGCUGCUGGGCACUCGCGGAGGUGCUUCCUGGGCUGUAGUAGGCCGCAAAACAUCACAGGACUCGAGCCUGUCCUGCAGCAGGCCGGACUCUUCGACAUCCACCGUGCGCAUGUCGCGGUCGUCCGUCAGUAGCGACGGGACGGCGCGUGGUCCACCCGUCACUAGGGCGGCCGGUGCUGAACCCAGUCGGCUUCUGAGGGCCUCGACGCGCGAAAAGCCGCAACUGUGCAGGCAGUUGGCCGUCGACGACUCGACUAGGGCCGGUGCCGCACCGCCGCCCCGCUCGCCGCCGUACGCGCAACGACGGAGGAGCGAUAACCUGUGUCCCGCUUGCUGCCGGAAAGAGGCCUCGCUGCCAUUCAAAAGCAAGGAGUUCGAGGAAAAGUUCAACUGCUUCUACAACCGGCUUGCCGAGACCAGCCACGAGGACAGUAGCGAGAUGUCAAAGGAAGAGCACGUUGUGCUUUCCACAGAUCAGUCGGAGCCGCGCAACUCGGUCAAGGACGACACAACCAACACGUCGCUGCAGAGCGAGUCAGGCCCUAGUGGCGGCGCCCUGCCGAGUACUUCCAAAGCAUCGUGUGAAUCACCGCCGCGGCAAAAGCAACCGUCAUCCGUCUCCGAGGAGCCGAGGAAAAAGAAGCGUGCGCACGGCAAGAAGAAAAUGCACAUCAGCGUGGACGACAUCAGCAGCCAGGGACGCAAGGCCGCUCCGGGUUACUACCAGACAGGCCGCAAGGUCGUGUCCGACAACUCCCUGAAGAAGAUGUCGCUUAAGAACUUGCCCCAGUUCCUGCGUUCACUGUCUAGUCACAGCCCUAAGGGCAAGUCGGAGACCAAGGAGCACAGGUUAAAGGUUAGCAGCCAGAGCCACCUGAGACCCAAGUCCUCUGAAAGUUUACCGUGCUCGAAGAGCGACACGCGCAUCCACAACCAGGAAGGCGGCUUCCAAGAGUGGAGCCAGCUAGAGCCCAUUCCUCACGAUGGCAGUGACGCCGACCGCUCGGACUCGAACUCUGAGAACGACGAAGUCUUCAUAGAGUUCAGGGCGAGGACUUCCUGCAGCGAGCUCGGGUCGAAGCAGGAAUGCUGCGCCCUGCUUAUACCGGAAGAACUGAAAGUCGAAGACAUCGAAAAAUCAAUCGAAGACCCACCGAUAGGGUCUGUUGCGAAAGGGUCUCCUCUGAUGAGCAGCCCUACUACUGAAACAGAUGAGCAUUGAUCGCACCUAUCUGUAUAUUAUUGGACACACCUGAUGUGAUGAUGUCUGCCACAGUCAUCGGAUACCUCGUCGCAUAACUAAAGCUGAGACUCGAGCAUCAUUCCAUGCAGACAACUCCAUGUAUAUAUAGCACGGCAUGCUGUCUGUAUACGCUCAUUUCACCGGGGUGACAUAUGCAUUCAUAACUGGACACCGGGAAAGCUUUUAUUUAUUUGUGCCUCGUGAAACACGUUUACACUUUUCAUUGCCCACUUUGCGUGUAAAGGAUUACAAAAUAGAUUAUUUGAUGGCGUGGGCACAGAUUUCGACAUUCGCGGAGACCACACGCCGCAUUAGGAAGCCUGCCUGGCAUGACAUUUGCUAUUGGUUCGCUGGCGCAUUAAAGAGUUGUGUAUUUAUUUGCCGAAAGUUGUCGUAGCUCAUGCACCAGUCAGUCGUAAACGAGUUGGUUUCGAGGUAAAUGUUUUAUGUAAAUCUGCAACGCACUCGCAUUGUUUGAACGCGCGUUGGAACUUGCUUGAUAAAACGAUGAACCGAAGCAAUUCAGUCGUAAGAGUUUGAACAAGCUGCACGUUGAACGGACGAUAAAUUCAGGUUCUUUAUGCGCAGGUUGAUUUAUGCUGUGGCGUUAAAUGAUCUCCGGAAACUUGAGACUGUCGGCACGUUUCCUAAUGACGUAAUGCAAUGAGAAACCAAUUGUUUGUUGUGACGUGACAAGAACUGCCUGCUGCGAAGUGAUGGUGCUGGACGUUUACAUUAUUGAAGUGGAACUUGCUUUUCACGUUGCCGCACUGAAUGGCCUCUUGUGUCUGUGUAAAAAGACUGCCACGGGUGUACAGGUGUUCGCUUGAUUUUGUAUUUGCACGAAUACUUUUCAAUGAGCAAACUCGCAUUGAAGAAGGUGUGUUGUAAUGAUUCAUGAUGAUGGAAUCAUUUGUCUGGGCUUUGCAUGUCCGUCUACUCUGUCUUUGUCGUCUAGCUUCUCGACACCGCUGUAAUACAUACAUUUUGAGCACGCAUCGUCACCAGAAACGUAGUGUGCCAGAGUAAAUGGUUUUCUAUAAGAAGGAAGUAGAAAUUGUCCGGCGUAAUGUGCGUCAAGCUCCUCGCAAGCGUCUUAAUUGUUAAAGGCGUUGACUGAUGGGGUGUCAGUGAACCUGGAAGCGUGCUCGUAUCAGGUUUGUCUUGGACUGAGUAACCCGAUUGUAUUCAGAAGUCAUCACCACUGCAAUUAUAUUGUAUACUUGGUCACUAUGCUUGCAUAUAGCGCUAAGUUCUUGUAAAAUAAUAAAACUAAGUUAGCGGUUAUCAUUGCACAUGCUUUCUUUAUUAGCACAAUCAUAAAAAAUUAAGCAGUGGGCGCUAAGACUGGUAACGCUUGAUUCAGUAAAUAGACGCACCUCAGUGGUGAACAGCAGCAUAUUAUUUGCUUUCUGUAAUGGUUGGAAUGAUUCCAGGAAAACAGUUCCGAUGUUGUACACGAAUCACACCAAGCUGAACGAUCUGAGGCCCAACAAACGGCGUUCAGCUCUCCCAUAGUAGAGUAGCGAGUGCUCCUAAACCGUUAAACCACUCUUUCUGAAACACGCAAACUGUCAUUGUCUCAAGAACGAUAGACCUCCCCGCUCUUUUCGCGCACUUUGAAAUGUUUCGGUAUGAGUCGUGCCUGUCUAUUAGUUUGCAAGGUUUUCCAAGUAAUCAGUGAAUGACACACGCUCCGCAAGCCGGAAAUCAAUCGUCGGCUAAGGUUAACCAUUC